GAUGCCUGGAAAAACAGCCUUUUCUUUAAGAUGGGCAACUACCGUACGAAACUUAGCAGAGCAGGCCUGAAAGAGGUGUCAGUGAAUGCAGGAAAGCGUAGUCGACUUCACCCCACUGCUCCAUCAGCCCACUCUCAAAUCAAGCGCCCCAGACGGGGAGAGAUUAAUUACCUACCAAAUUAUCCCGCCGGUGAAAGCAAGGACAGCUUGGAGGCUCAAAGAAAUGAACUCCAUAGUGAGUUUCAGAAAGCUCCUGCCGAAAGAGAUGGACCACUCAUCUUCUUGCUCAUGCAGAGAACAUUCGCGUUGAGACGUGAGGAAAUAAUCAACAGUCCAAGGCCUAUUGCAGAGCUGAGGGAGCGGUGGCCUGCCCUCUUCUGUGAAGCCCAGCUUUACAAGGAGGUCCAUCGCAUCACGAACCAAAACCUCCCCUUCAACUUCUUCGCGGCACUGGACAAAUACACUCCACAGCUCCUGAACCUCUACAAAGAGAAGCAGACGGGAACCUUGGGCAAGAAAAUGGCUGCGCUUCUUUCUGAUUACAGUAAACAGGAUAAUGACAUCCAGGCAACCAGAACUGCUGUCCUGUUUGGCCUGGCCCUGUAUCUCAAAGAAGAUGCGUCAGAGAUUUUCAAGAGCUGCAAGGAAGUCGACUUCGAGGAAUCCCAAACAGGAGCCGUCACACUCCUUGCACUUACCGAAGACAAUCCAUCUGCAGUACCGUUCAACCCGCAGCACGUUACAGUCAUUCUGGAGGACCAGGUGGUUCUUUCACACAAAUAUUGGGUAGACGCACUUGUUCUUUUGUUUGGUCUGAUCUAUGCCCUGCACCUAGAGUACCCUGCAAAGCUUAAGGGUUUCUUUGAGUUUAUUCAGGUUGUCCUCCUGAACCUCGAUGAUGGAAGGCGUCAGAUUAAGCCAAAAUUGCUGUCACUCAAGAAUGAGUUAGAACUUGGUGUUUGAACAGGAUGAAUCUUUCAUCUAUCAGAUGCAGAACUUUCACUGUCGCUUAAAUAUUGGGCAGCCGCUAUUGUUCUUUUGUUUGGCCUGAUCUAUGCCCUGCACCUAGAAUAUUUGUUUGUUUAAAAAUUGUCAUCAGUAAACAGUGUUGUACAGGUCUAUCUACGGUACAAGUGGGUGCCCAAGAAAAAUGAUUUUUAUUGCCCUAAAGUUUCAUGAUUCAUUUUGCCUGAUGUUCCAACCCUGUUGUGAAAAUGAAAAUUAGGGAUGAAAAAGUUUGGGCUGGUAUACGUACAGUCAAUCCGGAAAGUAUUCACAGCGCUUCACUUUUUUCACAUUUUAUUAUCUUAC